ACAGUGGUAUCCCAUCGGGAAGCAUCUCAGAUAUUGGAACGGAAAGUUACCGUACAAUUAUCUGUCGAUGCCACGGCCCCCUGGUGGCCAUGCUCAUAUAAGUUUUCAAGACCCCUGUUCAUUAAACCUCUGUUUAUCGAAGAUGGAGCAUUGCGAUUUGUCAGCUGGUAAAAUGUCUGAAGGUUCUGAGAGUGGUCGUCAGGCUGGAAUGCCCCCGGCUGCUGAUGGUGGUCGUCAAGCUGGAAUGCCUGAGACUGAUGAUAGUGAUCGUCAGGCUGGAAUGCCUGAGGCUGCUGUUGGUGGUCGUCAAGCUGGAAUGCCUGAGACUGACGAUGGUGAUAGUCAGGCUGGAAUGCCCCCGGCUGCUGAUGGUGAUCGUCAAGCUGGAAUGCCUCAGGCUGAUGAUGGUGAUCGUCAGGCUGGAAUGCCCCCGGCUGCUGAUGGUGGUCGUCAAGCUGGAAUGCCUCAGGCUGAUGAUGGUGAUCGUCAGGCUGGAAUGCCUGAAUUUGCUGAUGGUGGUUGUCAGACUGGAAUGCCUGAACUUGUUGAUAGUAGUUGUCAGACUGGAAUGCCUGAAGUUGCUGAGUGUGGUCGUCAGGCUGGAAUGCCUGAAGGUGCUGAGGGUGGUCGUCAGGUUGGAAGGCCCCCGGCUGAGCAUAGAAGGACCUUGAAGACCGAAUGUGAUCGAUGCAUCAGGGAUGAGAUAUUCAAAUCUCCUUUUCAGAGGGAGUUCGAAAAAUUUGUCAGAGAGAGGGAUAUUAGACUCAAUGCGGAUCCUCAUAUUAACGAUGAGUGUCCUCAUCAGGAUGAAUGGCGAUAUGAUCUUUGUGAUGGUUGCAUGAAGGAGGAGAUCAUUGCAAAAUAUGAUCCCGAGGCGCUCAGACGCAUCCGGGCUGAGAGGGUUGCAGCCACUCCAUUUCACCGUAAAGAGUGCUGCCUGUCUUUGGUUGAGAAGGAAGUUAGUGGCUUGUUGGACGAUCCCGACAAGUACAAACGCAUGCGGGCUAAUAACCAGAAGUUCUAAAGAAGCCGCUGAAGAAGCUGGCUUCCACCCGCAACGGUCAUUUGGUUAAUAUAACCAUAGAGCUGAUAUAUAAAUGGAGGGAGCAAGUCGCGUGCUUUUUGUCUAAACAAGUGUAUUGUUCGACAACGGAUUGUAAAACCCUCCGUGCUUUUGCGCAUGCGUUAGGAUGGGUUUAAUUCGUCAAAAUAGGGGUGAAAGGAAAGAUAAAAGGAGAUGUUUACAUUUAACAGCGAAGACUCACGGUUUUAUCAGACGUAAAUAUUACAGAUAAUUACUAAUACAGAAGGAAAAAAAGAUACUAAUGCACAGUAAAAUAUUUGAGAGCAAUUUUUAUUUAAUGUAAGAGGCAUAAACAUUAAAUUAUGAAGAAUAAAUAAGAAAUUUCUGUUCUUAAAAUUUGGUAAUUAUUUUUUUACAAACUAAUAACCAUAUUUUUUUAAUAUCAAAAUGCUACUUUUUUAUUUUUUUAUUUUGAAUUUUUUUGGCGAUAUUUUAAGAUUAAAAACAAUAGAUAAUCGAGAGUUUAUUCUAUUUAAAACAUUUUAUUUUCAUUUAAGGGAUUGGUGUAAAUAUAGAACGCCUUAAAAAUAUUAUAAAUAUUAUUUUUAAAAUAUAUGAUAUUUUAUAUAUUUUAAAUAGGAUAGGAAUGAAUAAUUCCCUGUUUUCUGCUUCUUGGUCACAGUAUUUAAUGAUAUUAUAUAAAAUUUUCUUCGUACCACUCCUGAAAGCUUUCUUGCCAUUUGAACUAGGCAUAUCAAUAUGAAAUUUUGAGUUAAAAUAAAAUACGGUCAGAGACGACACAACACUCACAUACACGUGAAAAAAAAUUGAACUAAAAAAUAUUUGAUGGGAGAAAUCCAAGGUCAAAGGUGAAUAACGGAAAUGCCAUCAUCGUUCGGCGUUUCACCCCUUAACCCUUUAUUUACCGAAUUAUGUUGCAAUCAAUUUUUCAACUUCAUUUUUUCACCAGUAGUUAAGUUUUCUUGCAGAAUAAUUCAAGAAAACCGAAGAAAAAUAUUUUAAUUAAUAGAAAUAUCUUAAUUUAAUUAUUAUUUAAAUAUAUUUAAUUCCUUCUUCUAGCUUCUAUUAACUUUUUUCUAUUUGGGUUACAUUCACCGUAUUCUUUAGAAUAUUAUCAGCAAAAAUUGUAUUACAAAGAUAUAAGUCAGAUUUAAAUGGUACUUUUAAGUACCGUGAGUAAAUAAAGGGUUAAUGAGAUGGAAUCGUCGAGGUGUGGUCGUCUCAGAAUCCGUUGACGAACAGUACCCAACAUGAAUCACGUGACUUAGUUUUUUACUUUGUUUUUGUGCAUUUAUUAAAAGUGAUUACUUUUCCUCUUUAAGAAAACAUUUUAUUUCUUUUCUUUACCUAAAAACAUCUUUUAAUUUUACAUUACAUGUUCAAAUACUUUUAUCAUUAUCUAAUACAGAUAAAAGAACUUUUAUAAAAGCAGAUUAUAAAAGUGACCUAAGUCUUUUUUUUUUCUGAAUAUUCUGAAUAUUUAAAAAAAUGUAUUCGUAUUUAUAAUUAAUUUUUUUUUCUAAAAAUUAAAUUAUAAUUCAAGAAUUAGGAGGAUAAAUAUUUAUUUUUGCAUAAAAAAUGAAAAAUAUAUUAAUUAAAACUGUUAAUUACCAUUAUACAAAAUCUCAUCCCGAACUCUUCCCCUUGUUAAUAUCAGUUUUAACUAUUUCGUUUCUAGUUUCUAGUUUUGCCGGUAACUUUGCUUCUAAGUACCGCAGAAACAAAAUUAAAUCAUUUUUGGAAUCUUAAAUGUGUUGAUUUAAUACAAAAUAACAAAGAAAUUCGAAAUUUUUAAGAAAACUGUCUAUCACUCCCUCUAUCAGUAUCUCAGCUCUAUGAAUAUAACUGAAUG